CGUUCAGACGUUUGUUCAGACCGGCGGAGACAUUAGUACAGUCAACUUGCCUCUUUGGAUUUAGCAAAGUGGUCGUAGUCGCGAAGAAGGCAAGAUGAAACUCACGGAAUGGCUGGGUUUAAUGUGCUUCUGUGCCGUCGGGGUGCAAGUCUCAUACCAGAUGGUUGCUGAAUACAAUUCUAUGAUGAACAACUGCGCCCGAGACGGUGGUUUCUGCAUCAAUGUCUUACCGCCACCUCCGCCUCCUCGGCGCGUACCGCAGAGACCGGGCACGCGCACACGUAAAGGCGGCCGACCUGGACCCGCCGGCGGCGCCGCCGGUAAACCCGACCCCAACUCCCUCGGACAGCAACACACGCGACUGCCCGCCAGUGUCGGCGGAGGUCCUGCCAAUGCGAAUACAGGCGCCGUCGGUGGUGCUUCUUCGCUUGGCGCUCCCUCAACACCCGCCCCCGCAAACGGCGGUCCUUUCUCAAUAUUUGAUAAUAUGUUUGGACCAUCAAAUCCUAAUGACCCAUUCGGCGGAAUGGGGGGAAUGCUCACAUGGUCCAUGAUGACACGAAAGAAGCGUCAGGUGGAGCCAGGAGAAGCGGCGGAGGUACCUAGGAUUAUGCCCGGAGAGAACAUGAUGACCUUUUUGAGCACUCACUGCCGGAAGUCCGAGUUUGAUUUCGGUUGUCAAAGAACUGGUGGCAUGUGCUGUUUGCCACACCUAUAGAACAUCGGCAGGUGAAAAACAAAAUACAGCGGCGUUGAUUGGUCACUUUAUUGUCAUCGGAACAUCUCUAACACAAAGCGGACAAGAUUGGAUCGCAGCGGGAAAUAUACGAUUAUACAUCAUCAAGUGUAUUACAAAUUAUAAAACAUGUUUAUAUAUAAAUACUUACACAGUGAAACGGCGUAGAACAUAUUUAACAAAUUUUUAUAAACAUUGUUUAAUGACAUUAAGAACUAUACUUCGUAAAUUCUGGUCUGAAAUGUACCAUAAUGUAUUUUUUGUUUAAGUAUUCAAGAGUUCAUUACAUGUAAACACAAUUUUCAAGACCAGAACUCGGUUCAGAUAUAUUUUCUUAGUAUAACAUUUCAGAAGAUGUAAGUAUGACCUGGUAUAUUUAAAUACUGAAACAAAUAACGAUACCAGUGUAUUGUUUAGAGGGUCGUGCUUUAUUCCGUUUAUAUUAAUUAAUUUAUGUCAUGAGCAUGUCACAUUCUAUUCACACAUAUAUCACAAUGUUUCUUAUUCUAGGCACACUCGGUGUGUUUAUAUUUGUACAAUAUUGUACUCCUUCAUCUUUAUCUAAUAAAAUCGAAAAAAUC